UGGUUUUGAUGGCCUCAACCUCCCUAACUACUUCCCGUAGCUCGAGCUCGAUCUGGACAGCAAAGCAGAACAAGAUGUUCGAGAAAGCGCUUGCAGUGUUCGAAGAAGAGACGCCUGACCGGUGGCAGAAGGUGGCGAGAGCUGUUGGUGGCAAAACCGCCGAAGAAGUGAAGGCACACUAUGAUAUCCUUGUGUGGGAUAUCAUUCACAUCGAGUCGGGCAAAAUCCCCAUACCCGAUUACAAGCCAUGUUAUCAUAAAAGGUUCAUGAGGUGAGACUCCCUGCUGGUUUUACCGGAGACCAAUAACUUGAGCGAAUCUUGAGACUUAUCUCUCCGUCUCGUAGUUUUCUUGCCACCCAAGCAAGCCUUGUUAUAAUAUGGAGACCAUAAUAUAUUAUAUAAAGUUA